CGCAGACUUGUGCCUUCAGACCGACGAGACUUUACACGCACCGGACAGACUGCAGAACCUGCCUCAGUGAUGAAGACCUUGGCAGUUCCCAUAAGUUGCAGAUGGACACUGUUGCUGAGCGCGUGCCUGACGCUGACAGCGCGUGCGGACUGUGGAGAGGACUGCGCGUACUGUCUGCAGCAGAUGCCCCUUCAGCUCAAACAUCUCAACUCAAUAGAAUGCGUGUUGGAGUGUGAGGAGCAACUGAACGCAGGCAGCUCUUGGAGUCUGUGCAAACGUUUCAUGCAGAAUGCUGAUAACACUCCUAAGGGUAACCUAGCAGCCACACAAAUCGAACACUCGGAGAGCCAACAGCACCAGGUAGACAAAAAAUAUGGCGGCUUCAUGAAACGUACUGACAGUUUAAUAAAGCGUUAUGGAGGAUUCAUGAAGAAGGCGGCUGAAUUCUAUGGGCUGGAGCCGGAGGAUGUUGACCAGGGCAGAGCGAUCCUGACUAAUCAUGAUGUUGAAAUGCUGGCCAAGCAAGUUGAGGCUGACGGUGAGAGGGAGGAGGCGGCUCUGACACGUUCAAAGGGAGGUGAAAAGGGAACGGCAAAACGUUAUGGGGGUUUUAUGAGAAGGGGAGGGCUUUAUGACUUGGAGAGUGGGGUUAGGGAACUGCAAAAACGUUAUGGGGGCUUCAUGAGGAGAGUAGGACGACCAGAUUGGUGGCAGGAAUCUAAACGUUACGGAGGCUUCUUAAAGCGUUCUCAAGAGCAAGACGAGGAUGAAAAUUCAUCAGAGAUAGAAAAGAGGUAUGGUGGAUUUAUGGGUUAUUAAGAUGAUGGCCCCCAUGUCCAAAUUCACUUCCUCUCUAAAAUGAAAAACUGACAGAAAACAUGCUUAAAAUGCGCUAAUGUAAUGUAUUAAUAAAGUGUUCAUUAUGUCUUUAUUGUGGUAAUGUUAUUGUGUGUGUAAGACCAUUUUAACAAUACACAUUGCAUUUAAAGUCACAAUCAUAUUCAAGUUGUUUAGCAGAUUUUAAUAAACAGGGUUAUCUGUUUUGACUAAUACCGAACAAGAACACUGUAAUUUGUUUUCAUCAACACUGCAAUUUUGGUUUGCAUGAGGCAUUCAUUCAGCUCUACAAGUGACAAACAGGAGAGAAAAUAUAAGACUUGACCAUUACAUAGUGAAUAUUUCUUCAAAUCACUUGCCUUUUACAGAGAUGUAUAUUUUUUUGGGUAACAAUGUGAAUCUUGUCAUUUGUUGUACAGCUUAAAUAAACUGCU